CACCCCUAAAUUGGUACACACCAAUUCAUCCCGCAACUCAACUCACUUGUACUACUUUUAAGAGAAAAUGCAUCAACGUGUUAGAUAAACACUCCCCCUUCCGGUACCGGAUCGACGACGUCGUUCUCCCUCUUCUCAAACACCAACUCACAUCACCGAUAAUAUUAUUAUUCCCCAAAUUACCCCCAAUCAAUCAUCAUAUUUCCCAAAUCCCCCACUUCCCCCAAUCCAUUUCCACUCGAUUAGGGUUUCUUCAUUUCACUCAACUGUCAACCGAUGACCUGAUUUCAACUCAUUUUCAGUUAAUUUCCACGAUGGAGCUUCGAAAUUCUAGGGUUGAGGGUCCAGCUGUUGACCAGAGUCAACCGAUUGCUCAGGUGGUGGCGAAGAGGAAGCGAGGGCGGCCGCCUAGGGCUCAGCCGGUUGCGAAGAAGAGUAAGGAGGAAGAUGAAGAUGAGGAUGUGUGUUUUAUUUGCUUUGAUGGUGGUAGUCUCGUCCUUUGCGAUCGCCGGGGAUGUCCAAAGGCGUACCAUCCGGCUUGUAUUAAGCGGGACGAAGCAUUUUUUCGAUCGAAAGCUAAAUGGAACUGCGGUUGGCAUAUAUGUAGCAUGUGUGAGAAGACAGCACACCAUAUGUGCUAUACGUGUACUUAUUCAUUGUGCAAAGGGUGUGUUAGAACGUCUGAUUAUGUGUGUGUGAGAGGUGAUAAAGGCUUUUGUACAGUUUGUAUGAAAACAAUCAUGCUGAUUGAAAAUAGCGGAGAUGCAACGGUGGAUUUCGAUGACAAGACUAGUUGGGAGUAUCUCUUCAAGGUAUAUUGGCUCUACACAAAAGGAAAGUUAUCGUUAACUCUUGACGAGCUUACGCAAGCUAAGAACCCAUGGAAACUAGCUUCCAUCGAACCAACCACUUCACAUAUUAGCGCCAGUGGUCGAAGAAGCAUUACAGCCGACCUAUCUAAAGCUAGUCUCGAAGCUAACGAAGCCAAAAGAAGAAAGACAAAUGAACAGACCAACGGGCUUCCUAACGACCUGUCUACGGACGUGCCCAAAGAAUGGGCGAGUAAAGAGUUACUCGAAUUCGUCGCACACAUGAAAAACGGUGAUACGUCUGUUUUAUCUCAAUUUGAUGUCCAGGCACUUCUGCUAGAGUAUAUAAAGCGAAAUAAUCUCCGGGACCCACGAAAGAAUACGCAAAUCGUAUGCGAUUUACGGUUAAUGAAUCUCUUCGGCAAACCACGCGUCGGGCAUAUUGAAAUGUUGAAGCUUCUGGAGCCGCACUUUUUGGUUAAAGAGAAUACUCCAAACGACACACCCGACAGCACUGCAAAACCGGCGAAUACUAUUACUGAUUGCAAAACCGAAAAUACGGCGGUGGUUAGUAACAAGGAACGUAGAAAUCACAGGAAGGGUGGAAAACGUAUACAGAAUAAAUUGGAUGAAUAUGCUGCUAUUGAUGUGCAUAACAUGAGUCUGAUAUAUUUAAGGCGUAAUUUGAUGCAGUCUCUUGUUGAAGAUAAUGAAAAGUUUAAUGAAAAGGCGGUCGGGUCGAUUGUGCAAAUAAGAAUAUCUGGUAGUGAUCAAAAGGAUGAUAUGUAUAGGCUUGUACAAGUAGUAGGGACGACUAAGGUGGAUGUACCGUAUAAAAUUGGUGAUAAGUUGGUGGAUGUUAUGCUUGAAGUGUCCAACUUAGACAAGAAGGAGACGGUGUCUAUUGAUACAAUUUCAAACCAAGAGUUGUCUGAGGAUGAGUGCAGACGUCUGCGAGAGAGUAUAAGAUGUGGGCUUGUGAGAUGUUUUACUGUAGGUGAAAUACAGGAAAAGGCAAUGGCCCUGCAGUCAGUGCUGAUUGAUGAUAAAAUCGGAGCCGAGAUGCUGCGGCUCAAUCAGCUUCGCGAUCGAGCAAGUGAAAAGGGGCAGAAAAAGGGUGUUAGAGAAUGCGUGCAGAAACUCAAAAUUCUGAAAACACCAGAGGAGCGCGAACGCAGGUUACGCGAGAUUCCAGUGGUGCAUUCUGAUCCAAAAAUGAACCCCGACUAUGAAUCUGAUGACACCGAGGAGUACUUUAACAACGAACAAGGAGAACAUCGAAAGCCGAAGUUUCCUUGGGUCAGUGGCACAAACACAAUCUCUCCUACAAAAAAAGCUGAUAGUUUAAAAGAUCAACCCGUAGACUUGCAUGUUGCAAAUGUCGAUGAGGAUUCUAAGAAACCAAACACGGGAAACGAUGCGAUUGUGUUAAGCAGUUCCGCGAGUCCACAAAACGAGGCUCAAUGUAAUGGUUCAAUAGUCCCAAAAUGCGACCCUGAAGCUGCUUUGACUUCAUCGUUAUCGAACAUUGCGUCAGAUCCAGCACCUUCAAUUCCCUCCCUGAUGAACAACCGAUCGGUUGAUGAUGACAUGUGGCAUUACAGAGAUCCGAGUGGAAAUGUUCAAGGCCCGUUCUCUCUGUUACAGCUGCAGAAAUGGAAUACAAGUGGAUAUUUUCCUGCCGAUAUGAGAAUAUGGGCGGACCUAGAAGCCGAUUCGUUACUUUUGAACAAUGUAUUGCAGGAACACUUUCACAAUCCCGACGGUCAACGCCCCGAGAAUGUUGCUAGCAACGUUAAAGAUAAUCAAGUCGAUAGCGUCACUGUUUGCAGUGAAGCUCCGUCAUCCACUGUUCGUGCAACUUCUUAUGCUUUUGAUAAUUCCGUUAACCUUGAGAGGAUGCCGGAAGCUCCGUCAUCCACCGUUCGUGCAACUUCUUAUGGUUUAGAUAAUUCCGUUAACCUUGAGAAGAUGCCCGAAGCUCCGUCAUCCACCGUUCGUGCAACUUCUUAUGGUUUAGAUAAUUCCGUUAACCUUGAGAAGAUGCCCGAAGCUCCGUCAUCCACUGUUCGUGCAACUUCUUAUGGUUUAGAUAAUUCCGUUAACCUUGAGAGGAUGCCGGAAGCUCCGUCAUCCACCGUUCGUGCAACUUCUUAUGGUUUAGAUAAUUCCGUUAACCUUGAGAAGAUGCCCGAAGCUCCGUCAUCCACUGUUCGUGCAACUUCUUAUGCUUUGGAUAAUUCCGUUAACCUUGAGAAGAUGCCCGAAGCUCCGUCAUCCACUGUUCGUGCAACUUCUUAUGCUUUAGAUAAUUCCGUUAACCUUGAGAAGAUGCCCGAUGAUUUGAACUGUGAUCCCGAUCCCCCAAGCGUUGGUUCUUUGACCAAGAUGAACGAGUCAACCACAACUGAACAAUUUGGUAUCCAAAACAUGCCUGAUAUCAACCAGCACGUGUCUUCUGUUUUUACUGUUGCAGAUGCGCCUCUUGUAGAUUUACCAACCUCGUUACUGAAAAAGGAAAGUCACGACAAUCCGAAAAUACAAGAUUCCAGAGACAAACAACCGUCAAAUUUUUUUGUUCAAGAUUCCGGGAUCCAAAAAAUGCCAGAUAUUAACCAGCAAGUUUCUUCAGUUUUUACCGUUGCAAAUGCAGCUCUUGUGGAUUUACCGAGCCCGUUACCGAAAAAGGAAAGCCAUGAAAACCCGAAAAUACAAGAUUCCGGGAAUCCGCCUAGCUGGAGUACAACUUUGAGUCUAGUGGUUGGUGGGACCCAACUGCCCGAAACAGGUGAUGAAUGGGGCAGGUACUCUACUACUGUAGAUCAUCCUACAAACUCUACUAUAGACCAAAUUACCAAUAUGCCAUCAUGGCAUGGACUUAGUGAAACGAUUGAGUUUAGCACGUUGGCGGAGGAAUCAGUUUCGGAUCUUUUGGCUGAAGUUGACGCAAUGGAGUCGCGAAACUGUGUCCCGUCACCUACUUCUAGAAGGAAUAGUUUUCUCGAGGAUUUGUUUAAUGGGUCAAUUGACGAUUUUAGCCCGACUGCCGAUCAGGGUACGAGAAGUGACGGGUUUAGCUCCACUGCGGAUAUACAUUUAAGUCGGCAAUCCACGGGCUUACAGUUCUCCUUUGGGCUUGAGACUAAGCCCACUUGUGCUGUUAGUAUCCCUCAGACAUCGGUUUCGGAUAAUAUCAGUUUUAAGUGGGCGGAAAUGGGGAGUUCGGAGCUCCACCCACCACAUCCGCCCCGCCAAGACAUGAUCGAUUUGAAUGAUUCCACACGGGCAGAAGCUGACGACGGAGAAAGAGAAACCGUAAUCGAAGAAAAGUCAACAACCCGCCCGGUAGUCAAUGCGGAAACACGGGUAGGAAGGAAGUCGAAAGAAAAAGAGCGUGAAAGUACAAAAAGUAUAAAACAAGAGAUAUUCGAAGCGAAGAUUGUUCAUGGUUUUUCGGUAGUAGCUGAGGAAGAAGGUGAGUUUGUCCAGCCAGAUAUGGCGGCACCACCACCCCCACCGCCGCCAUCACAACUACCACCACUACUGCCACUUCCACCACAACCAGCGAUGGGACUGGACACGGUUGAUUCACGCAGAGCGGGAUCAGGAAGACCGUCUCAAGGAACCACAACUACAGGUCGAGUCCAUGCGCACACCAGUAGUAGCCGUAGCGGUAACGUAGGGCGGGACUCGCAUCACAGGCGGUCUGGCGGAGAUAGAUAUUACAGCAACAGUAACAGUCCACGAGAGCGGAGUCAUCAUGUUGAAGAUUCAGGUUACAGUCGAAGCAGUAAAGCUUCAUGGAGUAGGCAGUCUUCGUUCGGUGGCGGCAGCAGUGGCGGCGGCGGCGGUGGUGGAAGUGGUUAUUCCAGGCCGCCGUUGAAAGGGCAGCGUGUAUGUAAGUUUUAUGAAAGCGGGCGUUGCAAGAAGGGAUCGGCGUGCAACUAUCUGCACCCACAAGACAGGUAAUUUUGGGAUGUGGUUGUUUUGAUUGGUGACAUGUUUUUUGUAUGAUCAAUAUAUGUAGUAUGAUGAUGAUGAUGCUUGCCCCUGCCUGUGAUUCGGUUUACCAUAUUUUGGCUAUCGGUUAUUGGGACUAGUUGGUUUAUGAAGAUCGUUUAUGUUGAUAACUGGAAAAUUGAAAUUGUAAUAACUCACAAUUAUAUUAUUGCUUUAUGAAGAUCGGUUCGGUUGAUAUAUGAAACCUGCGCGGUCAUUUUUCAA